UAUUCCUCAAGUUCUCACGUGAUUUUGGAACUGUUGACAAUCUAACAACAAAUCAUCGACGAAACGGCAACAAAUGUGAUUGCUUGCAGAAAAAUAGUAACAAUUGUCUUAUAUCCGAUUUCAAGUAGUAUUUUAUUACUUUUGUUAAAUUUUAUUUGAAUUUUAAAUUCAUUUACCAAAUUAAUUUAUCAGCAAGAUAAUUGGCCUUGGACAUUCUGCUAAAGAUCAAAAUGAAGAAAAAGGUUCUGCUUAUGGGCAAGAGUGGCUCCGGUAAAACAAGUAUGCGUUCUAUAAUAUUUGCUAAUUAUAUAGCUAGAGAUACUCGAAGAUUAGGAGCAACAAUUGAUGUUGAACACUCUCAUGUCCGUUUCUUGGGUAAUCUUGUGUUAAAUUUGUGGGAUUGUGGUGGACAGGAAGCUUUCAUGGAGAAUUAUUUUGCCAGUCAAAGAGAUAAUAUAUUUCGAAAUGUGGAGGUGCUUAUAUAUGUAUUUGAUGUUGAAUCUCGAGAAUUAGAAAAGGAUAUGCAUUAUUACCAGUCAUGUUUGGAAGCAAUUUUACAAAGUUCUCCUGAAGCCAAAAUUUUUUGUCUUAUUCAUAAGAUGGAUCUAGUUCAAGAAGAUCAACGGGAUGUGAUUUUUAGAGAACGAGAGAAUGAUCUUGCUCGUCUGUCACGGCCAUUAGAAUGUAUUUGUUUUCGCACAUCUAUAUGGGAUGAAACUCUUUAUGAGGCUUGGUCAUCGAUUGUUUAUAAACUUAUUCCUAAUGUUCAACAACUUCAAGCGAAUCUGAAACAAUUUGCUGAUAUUAUUGAAGCUGAUGAAGUAUUAUUGUUUGAAAGGGCAACAUUUCUUGUUAUUGCUAGAGCUGAACGUAAAGAGCAUAGGGAUGUCCAUAGAUUUGAAAAAGUCUCAAACAUUAUUAAACAGUUCAAGUUAAGUUGUAGUAAAAUUGCUGCCCAAUUUGAAAGUAUGCAACUAUCAAAUGGCAAUUUCUCAGCCUAUAUUGAUGUCUUUACUCCCAAUACUUAUGUGAUGGUUGUUAUUUCUGAUCCAAAUAUAACACCUGCUAUAACUCUACUUAAUAUUAAAAAUGCGCGAAAGCAUUUUGAGAAAUUAGAAGGUGUUAGACAACCUCAGCUGUUGGCUGCCAAUUAAAGAACUUGUUUAAAUGAUAUAAAAAAUGUAAUGACUUUUUCCUUUGAUGUCAUUUUGAAAUUUGUCUGUGUAUAAAAUAUUUUGUAUAAAGUCUUUAUAAAUUAUUUUUACUUAUACAUAUGCAGUUAAUGCUGAUUGUAUUUUAUAGAUAGUGAUAAAAAUACAUAUUUGUUCUUUGAA